CUAUUUUCAUGGCCCUUAGAAUCUAAUACGAAAAUCUCAUUAUUGUACAAAUUUGUGAUCGAGGACCUUUGAAUGAUUUGGGCCUUCACUUGUUUAUCCAUCCCAGAAAGAGUGGUGGUGAGAACAAAGUGAAACAAAAGACAUUGUUCAUGUGCCUAAGAUAUUGUCUCCUUCCAUGCACGUACUCCUCCAUUAUGAUUGCUUCAAUCCCACACUGUCACUUCACUACCUCUUCUACCUUACUGAACCACCCUAUAUUGAAGAAAACCCAUCUAAACCCACCUCACAAAAUCCACCAAUUCUCUCAGAAACCCAUCAAACCCCAGGUUGGCAAGCAAGCAAGCCUUAAAGAAGCUUGUCAAAUAAUUACCCGAUUGUUCCCUGACCAAAACCCACUUCAGUUUUGUCCAGAAGAGGCUUAUUCUUCAGUUCUUGAGCUCUGUGCAAACAAGAAAGCUCUAUCACUAGGGAAACAGGUUCAUGCCCAUAUGAUGAAAUCUUGUGCUGUGUGUGAUUCUGUGUUUUUGAGUACUAGGCUUGUGUUCAUGUAUGGUAAAUGUGGCUCUAUUUUGAGUGCGGAGAUGGUGUUUGAUAAAAUGCCCCAUAGAACGAUUUUUACGUGGAAUGCUAUGAUUGGUGCUUAUGUUUCAAAUGGGGAACCUCUUGGAGCGCUUAGUUUGUAUAGAGAGAUGCGAGUUCUGGGAGUUCCUCUUGAUUCUUGUACUUUUCCUUGUUUGCUGAAAGCUUGUGGUGCGCUUAAUAAUCUCCAUUGUGGAGCUGAAAUUCAUGGUCUAGCUAUCAAAUGUGGGUAUGAUUCUAUUAUAUUUGUUGUCAAUUCAAUUGCUGCUAUGUAUGCAAAGUGCAGUAAUCUUGACGGGGCAAGGCAGCUAUUUGAUGGUAUGACUGAAAAGGAGGAUAUUGUGUCAUGGAAUUCUAUAAUUUCAGCAUUUGCAGCAAAUGGACAAUCUGUAGAGGCAUUAGGACAUUUUAGAGAUAUGCAGAAGCUGGGUCUUGCCUUGAACACAUAUACUUUUGUUGCUGCUCUUCAAGCCUGUGAGGAUUCAUUCUUUGUGAAACUUGGUAAGGAGAUCCACGCUGCUGUUUUAAAGGCUAGUCAUGAUGUUGAUGUUUAUGUAGCUAAUGCUUUGAUUGCUAUGUAUGCAAGAUGUGGUAAAAUGGAUGAAGCUGCUAGAAUUUUUUAUAAAAUGGAUGAUCAGGAUUAUAUAUCGUGGAAUACUUUGCUCUCUGGUUUUGUCCAAAAUGGUCUAUAUGAAGAAUCUCUAAAGUUCUUCUAUGAAAUGCAGGAUGCUGGUAGAAAACCUGACCAGGUUUCAGUAUUAAAUGUCAUUUCAGCAUCUGGUCGAUUGGGAAAUUUAUUGAAUGGAAUGGAACUUCAUGCUUAUGCAAUAAGAAGUGGAUUUGAUUCUGAUUUGCAGGUUGGGAAUACACUAAUAGAUAUGUAUGCAAAGUGUAGCAAUAUAAACUAUAUGGGCCGUGCUUUUGAUAGGAUGGCUGAUAAAGACUUCAUUUCUUGGACAACAAUAAUUGCUGGAUAUGCUCAGAGCAAAGCUUAUUCAAGGGCCUUAGAGUUGUUCUUGAAAGUGCAGUUAGAAGGGAUGGAUGUUGAUGAAAUGAUGAUAGCAAGUAUCCUGCUGGCUUGUGGUGGGUCAAACAACAUUUCCUAUGUCAAAGAAAUUCAUGGUUACAUCUUGAGGAGAGGUUUAUCUGAUCUUGCGCUACAGAAUUCAAUUGUUGAUGUAUAUGGCGAGUGCAAGAACAUAGAUUAUGCAAAGCGAAUGUUUGAAUCCAUUAAAUAUAAGGAUGUUGUGUCUUGGACAAGCAUGAUGACUUGCUAUCUCCAUAAUGGGCUUCCAAAUGAGGCUCUUGAACUUGUCUACUUCAUGAAAGAAACUAGUGUUGAACCUGAUUCCAUUGCACUAAUGAGCUUACUCUCUGCAGCUGCUAGUUUAUCUGCCUUGAAGAAAGGAAAAGAAAUUCAUGGCUUUCUGAUUAGGAAGGGCUUCAUCAUAGAAGAAUCUCUAGCAAACUCUCUUGUUGAUAUGUAUGCCCGGUGUGGAGUUCUGGAGAACUCCUAUAAACUGUUCAAUUGUAUAAGCCAUAAAAGUUUAACCCUAUGGACAAGUAUGAUUAAUGCUAAUGGAAUGCAUGGCCGAGGCAAGGCAGCUGUUGAUUUAUUUAAUCAGAUGAAGGUUGAAAACAUUGUUCCCGAUCAUAUUACUUUUUUGGCACUUCUUUAUGCAUGCAGUCAUUCAGGAUUUAUCAAUGAAGGUAGAAGAUUUCUAGAAGUUAUGCGGUGUGAAUAUCAUUUGGAGCCAUGGCCUGAGCACUAUGCCUGUCUGGUUGAUCUUCUUGGGCGUGCCAAUCGCUUAGAAGAGGCAUACCAAUUUGUGAAAACUAUGCAGAUUCAACCUACUUCUGAAGUUUGGUGUGCUCUCCUUGGGGCUUGCCGGGUUCACUCAAAUGAAGAAUUAGGACAAAUUGCAGCACAGAAGCUCUUAGAAUUGGGUCCAGAAAAUCCAGGAAACUAUGUACUGGUUUCCAAUGUCUUUGCUGCAAGUGGAAGAUGGAAGGAUGUUGAAGAAGUGAGAAUGAGAAUGAAAGGAAGUGGCUUGAAGAAAAAUCCUGGUUGUAGUUGGGUUGAGGUUGAUAAUAAGGUCCAUGCAUUUGUAGCAAGGGACAAAUCUCAUCCACAUUCCGAUGAGAUUUAUCAUAAACUUGCUCAAAUUACUGAAACAUUGGAGAGCAAAGGAGGUUAUGUGGCUCAAACCAAAUAUGUACUGCACAAUGUAGAGGAAGAGCAGAAAAUUCAAAUGCUUUAUGGGCAUAGUGAAAGACUGGCCAUAGCUUAUGGACUGCUUGGAACUCCUAAUGGGACCCCUGUUCGAGUCACAAAGAAUCUUCGGGUUUGUGGUGAUUGCCACACUUUCUGUAAGCUAGUCUCAAAAGUCUUUGAAAGAGAGCUUGUUGUGAGGGAUGCCAACAGAUUCCAUCAUUUUGGUAAUGGGCUUUGUUCUUGUGGUGACUAUUGGUGAUAAUAUUAUAUCUUUAAUUUUUGGCUAAAGGGUGUACAGUUCUCUUGAGAUGUGACUAGACCUCGAGGGACAAAAUUUGGACUCUUUGUUCUUUGGAGCCAAACUUUUUCCAUCCUCAAGCAUGUGCAGUCUCAACAUCCCACACCCAUCGUAAUUACUAUGAAUACUCCUGACGGUGGCCUCAAGAGUUGACUGGAUGUUAGUGGGGAGAGUUGAACUGAGAUGUCCUUAUGAUGAUCUUGCAUUCAAGGAGCCACUAGACCAAUCCAUUGGGUUUAAUAUUUUAUCAAUAUUAGUUGAAUUACAAAGACUAACUUAUUUCUGCUGCUGGAUUAUUGGUAUUA